GGUGCUGCAACGCUGCAGACACGCUCACACGUACAGGAAGUGGAGGAGUCGACACACCACGAGCUGCCCCGGCUUUUCACGUACGCGAGCGGGGCCAAAGCCAGCGCAUUAAAGUCGCAGCUCUGGACGAGAAGCGAUGAGAUGUGCGCAGAUAUCUGGAUGAGAUUUCCCUCCGGAUCAAAGAGAAGAGCAUCGUAGGGGCAGCAUGUGGUCCUCGGGAGUCCCCCUCCAGCUUUUACUUCUCACGUGCGUCGCCUCCACCGUGUCCGGGGUCCAGAAGCUGACCCUCACCACUGACAGAGGCACCUUCCUCAACAUCAGCAGUAGUCAGGUCAAGGGUUGCAAAGUGUGCACGGGGGCAGGAAGCUCACGACGAUGUAGUCCAUCCCUCGUGAUAAAAGACGGCCCUCCGGUCUCAAUGGAGUUCGAGUGCUCCCGACCUCAAGAUGUGUUCAGCGUGGAAAUUGUGCGACGUAUAGAAUGUACCACAAAGUUGUGCAAUGGCCACAUCAUCCUGGCGGCCUCCGACUCGCUUCCUUUGCUGGAUUUUAACCGCAAGUUCACCUGGAACCUGAAGGCAUCUGCGCCGAAAGCGUUGAAAAUAGAUUUCAGCCCCUCGGGUAUGAGACAGAUCAAUCCAUCUGAGAGAUGUUCAGACAAACACAGCUACACCCUGCAGGCCUUCCAGACUACAGGGAGCGUGACCGUGGGGAAAUACUGCAGAACGGGACCCGUCGGUAGUGCUCAGGUACCCAACCAAGGGAGCUUUUCUCUGGACGUCCCAGCAGGCCAGAAACUGCCAAAUGGCCUGUUUGACGUGUCCGUCGGGGAGGAAAUCAAAACUCUUGCCAAAAUUACACUGACGUUACCAAACGGGACCUCGUCCUCAGAGUUGCUCUCUCCGAACUACCCGGACAGUUUCCCUGACGACGACGUGAUGGAGUGGUACUUUCAGGUCCCGGAAAAUCAAAAGACAGCCAUUCAGUUCUUGAAUCUCACACAGCCGCAUUGUCUGAAGAAGGAUACCGCGAUGGAGUACCACAGCACCGGUAGAGGGGCGAUGGUGCGGAGUCUGAAAGACCCGCAGCCGGGAGACAUGCAUGGAAAGUUCUCCUUGACGCUGAGGAACUGCGAGAUGGACAGAAGGAGUGUGGGUUCUCCUGGGCUGUCGCUAAACCUCAGGGUGUCUUCUUCAAGAGCAAGAUCAACAGUGUCGUGUAAAGUGGACAUGAGCCAAAUGGAGGGCCUCACUCUUCACAUCGAGAGGGUGAGACCGGCCUCCGACUGCCAGAUGAAGAUGAACUCUGUGCCCAAGGAGAAGAUCACCGUCGCAUCAGAGAGCGUGCUGACUUUCCACGACUGCUUUCCUGAAGACGUACUUGUCACCGCCAUGAGAGUCGUAGAGUGUCGUCGUCUCAAAGACUGCCCGAAGACGCCGGCCCGCCUGUUGGUGCCCGCGCUGCCGACCUGCCUCCCCGGCCCUCUGAGCAGCGUGACCUGGACUCUCCGUCCUCCCCAGCACGGCACAGUGGAGUUGACCUCUCCCACCGAGCCCCUCAAGCAGUCCCUCCCUGGGCAGCGGUGCAACGACAGCAUCCUUAUCAAAGUGGCCGAAGACGACGGCACUACCAUCGGACACUUCUGCCCCCGGGGAGCCAUACAGAAGGUCCAAAUCCACACCAACAUGUCCGUCACGGUGUCCGGCGUGGAGGGCAAAGCACUACGGACGCCUUUCAAGCAUGUGCUGAAUGCCCUUUUUAAAGGGGCGAUAUCCGAAAGAUACAUAUUCACGGUAUCUCCAAAGAGAGACACUCCUGUCCUACUGGCUACUCCGGGUUGGCCAGUAGGAAUGAAUUCCUACGCCACCGUCUCCUGGAUCGUCUCCCUGCCCCCGAAGAUGGACGCCCACCUGAUGUUUGCCAACCUCAGCCAGCCCAAGUGCAGCAACCGUCACACUAACAUCAAGGUGCAGAGGGUCGGCUCCCCGGAGGAGGAGUACAGCCGCAGGGAAGACGAGGAGGCCGAGAGUGAGCUCACCGUCUCGGGGAACUUCUACCUGAACAUGUCCAACUGUAUGCCGGAAAGAGGGGACUUCAGCGUCAUCACCGAGGUCACCCUGCAGAAGAGCAAGAACCUUCUGCUGACCAUCCUGAGUGUGGUGGCUGCUCUGUUGGUCCUCUUUGUCAUCGUGCUGGUGGUUGUCUGUGUGGUGAUUAGGAAGAAGAAGAAGAAGCUGAAUCAUCAAGUGUCCAUCUACAAUCCAAACGGCACCGGCUUCCUGCCGGGACACAACGGCUUCCCAAAAACUCGCGAGGACAACGAGUCCCAUGUGUACGCCUCCAUUGAGGACACACUGGUCUACACGGACCUGCUGAGGAAGGGGGCCGAGAUGGGAGUCUAUGGAGAGUUUGACACACACCAGCCCUUCCCGGGGCACACCGAUUCCCAGAAGCCCCUGGUCUGUAGAGACGCCAUAACAGACGCCAUGCCAGUCGGGACUUACGAGCAGUUUCAGGCUCCUCCCCUUCCCGUCAGGCCGCUGAGCCACAACCAACCCUUGGUGGACAAUGUGCUUUACCAGAUUGAAGGUGAAGAGGAACACUCUCUGAAUCUGGGGCCGCGGCUGGAGCCAGAGGGUGGGAACUGAGGAGGAGAUUGGAUUCAGCGUUCUGCUUUUCUCUUGACCUACUUGAACUUUGAGACGUUCGUUCCCUGGCGUCCUCGUGAUUACCUGCUUCGAGCGUAGUUUUGCAACAAAGCCAUGGCACACAAAAUAACCCCGUUGCAACCCGCCUGCAGCUUUUACUUUGUUUCAUCUUCGAUGAAGACGGAACAGAAUCAUCCUUUUGAAAUCGGUUUUGCCACUAUAAAAAUAUCUCUAUCUCUUACUUUUAGUAAAUUAAUAUAUUUCCUCCUGAUAGAUUUUUUACAUCUCCUUCAGAGAGGGAAAUAUGCUCCUGCUAACACCGUUUAGGAUCUUGGAGUUGUUUUUAGUUGUCUUUUUGUAAAAAAAAAAAAAAAAAUAGAUUGCGUUUGUUCUUUUUUGGACCUGUUCUUUUGGGAACUUCAAGGCUGACCUGCUGCUAGUUAAGUGAUGUGUUUCUGUGGUCAUUCAGGGACAGUUUCAUUGUUUGACGAAUGAGAAUCCCUAGUCAAGGACCAUA